GGGCCCCUGGCAUGGGAAUGGGCACUUCAGGCCAUUUUGGUUUGUCUGCCCCCCUAACAGCUCCUCUUCUUGUGUUGGAAUGUACUCACAUCUUCCCAGGACCAUCUUUGACUUCACUAGGUAGUCCAAAGCCCUGCCCUUUCUGCCCCCCCUUUCCUGCCAAGCUUCUGAAGCUCUGGACCUGAGCCUGUGACUGGCAGGUACCACCUGCAGGAGCUGCAACUCCAUUCCUGCUUUCAGGGUAGUAAUUUCAGGCAACAUCUUUAGACAGAAUUUCUCUAUUUGUAGAGUUGGAGAUGGGCAAAUGAUUGAGUUUUCUGAGUGAAGGGCCAAGGCACAGCAUUAGACAGGAAAAAAAAAUCUGUUACAGGUUUCCUCCAAAUUGUCCUUCUGUGGCUGUUUCUAUGUCAAGUGAAAAAGGCAGCAAACCAAACACUUUGCUCAGCCUGAAGGGAAGGCUACAGUGAUCUCCAGUGUUUCUUGGGUUCAUCACUUAAACCAGCUUCCUUUUGGAGUAAAACACUUCAAGUAUGUUUUGGAAACCAGAGCUGGUUGCAGGAUUUGUCCCCAAGCUAUAUGUCUGGAAGCUUAACAGCUGGUGUGAAAAAUUGGCCCAAGGCACACCAGAGAUUCAAUGCCAUGUGUGACAGCCGCACUGAUGCUGCUCCUGAGCUGGGCAGAGGUUUCUCUGCAAAUCCUUCCUGCUCUCCAUGACUUCCACGGUGGCAGGGAAGGACAAGGGGGUCCCCACCCUGCAGGAAUGUGCUGGGAGGGAAACACCAUGAGCAGAAUGUCCUCCCUCAGCCCACGUAGGACCAACAGUGCAGCUCACCCAGUGCACAGCUGCCUCCUUCGACACGCGGUGAUGCUGGAUGAGUACAAGAAGCAAGAUGAGUCCUCUCCCAGGGGCGUGGUGUCGUGGGAGAGAAAUGGGCUAGGAAGAAAUGGAAAACAUCCGUACAGCAAAUGAAGGAGCAGCCCAGGGGGUGCCUCAGCAAGGCGACUUGACCAGGUCAUGGAAAAGAAAAUGUGAUAUUGUUUUGCAACAGCUUUCCAUACUGUUUGGAAGAAAAUUUAGCACUAUCCUCUGCAUCAUCCUGGAGUCUGAUACUGUGGGAUGGACAAAGAUUGGGGGAUGGCUGGGAGCAGCUGCUGCCUCUCCUCUCGUUUUAUUCCUGACAAUAGAAUAAGCCAGUGUGAACUGCCCCUCCCCAAACUCAGAGGGCACGUCUCCACUUGAGUAUUCUUUGGCAAUAUGGAAUUUUGGAAUAUGGAAGAGACUCUCAACCUCUGGUUUGGGUUGCACCUCUUGACCCUAGUAAUAAUUUUAACACCUUGAAGUUUGUCUGGGCCUGCAGAUGUUUGCCAGAUGGAGAGACAGCAAUGUGCUUAUUUGCUGGACCAGGCAAUCAUCUUACUGCUGAUAAUUGGAAACUUAGGGUUUUGAAAAGUAAGCUAGAAAGGUGUCAUCUCCACAACUUAAGUUCAUUUUUAAAGAGAGAGCAGAUCAUUGGCAGAUGAAUGAAACAUCUGAACUACAGAGGAGUCUUGUGAAUCCCCAGGAGAAUUAGGACACAGUAAGCACGGUGGAAAUAGCCCUGAGCUGAAGGCGGGGAGACAUGGAUAAAAUGAACAGGGCAGUGGGAAAAGGAGGGUGCAGCAUGCACUGGCCUUCAGGGUGCUAAUGAAUCAUUUGAGAACGAAUAUGUUCUAAACAGACAAAUGAGCAGUCCUUAACAGACGCUUUACAUUGCCAGCUUCAGUUGAUAAGAGAGGGAUUUUCAGGGAGAUGUGAGGAUGGAGUUAGGUGCUGUGGCUAAGCUGCUCUAUCAGCAAGCCAUGGCUGUGAAGGGGAGGACAUCUUUCUGUGCCCCCCAACAACUGCUGCCACCUUGAGUGCUACAUCCCUGUCCCCAUUUUGGUUUUGGAUGGUGCAAGUCUCUCACCUGGAAGAAAGCCAGGUCCCAUCUGCCUGACCACUUCUGUGCUGGGUGCCAGGAUGUUGAAGGGAGAUCAUCCCUGGGAUGCAGACCUGCACAUGGUCCCAGGCUGGGCUGCAGGGCAAAGGGGAACACGGCUGGUCCUGGAGGGGAGCAUGAUGCACAGGUCUGCUCCAGCACAGGGUAUUGAUGCUCUGAGUGGUCUCUGGGGACGAUGGGGUGCAGGGUCCCAUAGUAACAGCAGCCAUGAAUGGCCUGUGGGACCUCAUGAGCAGAAGAGCCUUGAAGCAGAGAUGAUGGGACUGGAGAAAAGGGUAUGGGUAAAAGUGCCUACUUGGAGGAGAGCAUGGAGCCAUUUAGGAUAACCAUUGUGUUCAGUUCAAUACUGGGUAUAAAUAGUGAUGGAGAAAACCUGAUGUGAAAUCGAGGACUGUAGUCAUUAGCAGAGGAAAAUCAGCCAUGAGCAAAAUUACAGUCUGCCAGCAAGAGCUUCUGUGCAUCUUCCAGCAGCAGAGAGAAUGUCUUGAUAGUAAACACAUCUUGAAGGACCUCUGUGAGCAGUCCAGUGGGAUACUUGUCCCUUUGGGCACUCUGAGCAAGGAGCCUGAUCUUGGGCGAGGGGUUGGGCUGCUUCUGUGCUGGAAGCAUUGGAGCCCAGGUGUCAGUGAGUUUAGCUCCCAGUGGUUCUGUAUACAUGGAUCUUUCUUGGUAGGUGUUCUACACUGAGGGCAGAAUGCCAAUGCUCCUCUCUCCAGAGAGCAGUCUUAAUGUAAUGCCUUAGGGUGGUCCUGCGCUGAGGAAGAGAAGGUUGAAUCCCAGACCCAGACUGAGCCCAUGCUUCUCCAGGACAGUGAUUUAGGUGCUGUAGCAGGCAGGGGAAUUAGUCUCCUCUGACCCUUGGCUGGUAUUUUUGGCUCAGAUGAGAAGUCCAAAACUGUCUUCACUGGCUAAUGCCUCAAGGGGCUGGAGAUGCUGACAGUCCCAGCAGCGACCACACCUGGGAGUCAUUGCCUGACCUCCACUGCCUCCCAGCAACCCUGCUGGGUCCCCAUACAGGAAGGUGAAGAAGCCUCUGGUGAGAGCAAUCCAUCUGCUUUGCUUGCUGUCAUGUGCCCCUUUAAAGCCCCUCACAGGAGCUUCUUGUUGAGGGUGCUGCAGGGCUGCUGUUUGUUUGGGUACAAACCCAUCAGGAGGGCUCUGAGGCUGAGAGGACUGCCCCAGUGUCGCUGUUGGAACGUUUGGAACUUGCCCAUCCCUGAUCCUGUCCUGGUCCACUUCCCUGGCCCAGUGCUGCCAGUCAGGUCACCCACUCUGCUGUGCCUCAGCUGGGCACCCCAUGGCCCCUCUGCUGCCCUCCAGCUCCGGACCAGCCGCGGAGCAGCCCCCGACACUGCCCGCUCUCCUCCCUGGCCCCAUGUACGCAGGACAGCCUGCAAAACUUCCGACAGCCGCCUUAUUUACUUGUUUGCGUCUCCUGCUUAAAAAAGGGCAUGCCGAGAGAGUCUAAACCUGCUAAUUAUACACCUAGCCACCCACACCACCGUGUGCUUUAUUUCCAUCACCAUGCUUCCUUCUUCCCGCAUCGCCAGCUCGAUGAGCCCUUCCCGAGGAGCACGGCGAGGUGCAUCCCGGCCAGCUGGGAUCUCCCCACCACCACCACCACCGGCAGCAUGGAAAGCGUGCGUGAGCUCCAAAACCCGCUCUUGGCCAAGUCCAAUGGCCACCUUCGCAGCAGCUAUUCUUACCACCAGCAUCACAGCCAGGACUACCCCAGCCAUCGCUGCCAAGGGAAACUGUAUUCCUACAUAUUCCAAAAUACUGGUGCUGCCAGGACUCACCAGCUGCUGGAUGCCAGUUCCCUGCAGCUGGCUGUUGAAGCUUUGUACGGCCCCAGUUUCAUCCUUGUGAAGGAUGAGACUGCUCUCAAGGCCAAGGACAGCAAGAUGGAAAGCUGCGAGACCACUUUUACAGAAAGCAAAGAGUCUUCAUCUGAAGCUCCUGAAGGGCAAGAGGCACAAGGGUCCUGCCUGGUAGAGAGUGACAUCCGUAUCCAAACUGUUUCCUAUGAGGUGGAGGAAGAGGAGCUCCAGGAGUAUGAGAGCGACUCCUCCAGCGACAGCGAAAGCGAGGAUCACUUCCUGAUGCUUCCCCCUCGGGACCACUUGGGCUUGGCCCUUUUCUCCAUGCUGUGUUGCUUCUGGCCCCUGGGGAUUGCUGCCUUCUACUUCUCCCAAGGGACCAGCAAGGCUGUCUCCAAAGGAGAUUUUCAUCUGGCCAGUUCAGCUUCCCGCCGAGCUCUCUUCCUUGCCGCGCUCUCCAUAACCAUUGGCACAGGAGUGUACAUCGGGGUGGUGGUAGCACUGAUUGCUUAUCUCUCCAAAGGGGGCCACGUGUAGUUGCCACCUGCAUGUCACUGCCAUCCCUGGCCACUGACCCUUCUGGGACUGAGCUUUUCUGCGGAGCACGGAGCACCAGUGCCUGCAAGGGCUGCUUGCACAGCAGGGCCCCAGCAUGGAUGUCCUGUGCAGGUUUCUUCCUCUUUCAGACAAACAGUAGACCCUGUUCUCCCUGAGGCUGUGGCGUGCGACCAUCUAACAACAGAAUUGAGCACCAGCCUUGCUGCUGGGACAAGGAGGAGCACAUUUGCCUGGUGGAAGAUGUGCAGGAGAGAAACCACACGCUGCUGCUGGACUGGUGCAACCACCCCACUCGGGGGCUACAGCUUCCCCUCUCAGCCCCGCAGCUGGGAGAUCCAUCACUUGCUGAGGCUGGGCCCAUGAAGGGUACACACCAGGAGAAGAGGGUGUGUAUGGUGCCAGGGAAUGACUGCUGCUUCUUCUGGGAGGCCAGAGUCCUGGUGGGGUCUCCAGACUCCUGUGAUGGGGACAACAUUCUCACUUCAGUGCCAUGGGGUGGCCUGACACCUCAGCUGCAGUGAAGUAGGAGGACAGAGCACAGACAAGACCAACAGGCAUGCUCUCUGCAUCCCUCUGCAGACAGACCCCGGAUCCACAGGAGAACAUCCCAGUUGCUGGUCUAUCCCAAAUCAGAAACAAGGAGGAAGGUUGCACACCAUUUCUCCUAUUGUUGGCACAAGCUGGUAGAGACAGCAAGGUUUUCUCUGUGUUAAUAGUGACUGCCAUGAUGAUCCCAAGUCAGAGCCCUCAUAAGGUUGCCGUCCCAGAGUGCUGGGCCCUCAAAAGUUUUGUAAUGGAAAUCUCUACUUAAGGAGUGUCCUGGGAGGGGUGCUGGCCUUGAAGGAUUCCACUCCUUGUGCUAGGUCAGGGCCCUGCACACAAAGAGGGAUGGAAAUAAAAGGCUGACAAAACCUGCAGAAUCUGGGGUGGGAGUGCUGUUUGUGAGGGGAUGAAAUCCAGAGAAGGAAGAGAGGUGGAAGGAGCCUGAGAGACAGGGUGACCCCAACACACUCCUUCCCGUGCCUUGGAGAAAGGUAUCUCCAUCCAUACAAAAGCCUCUGGUAACAAGGAAACACCAAGCACCCCCCCUCAUACAUCUUACUUUUGCUUAUUUGUAUAUUGUCAGCAACACAUGAAAUGCAUCAGAAGUGGGUAUGAAGGCAAUGGUUGCCCCAAAGGGCUGGUGUUAAGAAGCCAUGCCUCACUUCCCACUGUCCAGCAUCCGCCUUUGACCAUCCCUCCUCUCUCUGGCUCUCCUGUUGCCUCUUUUCCUCAUGUGCAGGAGACUGCAGGCAGACUCUGGGCAUCCCUCACCCCCUUCCCAGAGUUUCUGGGCAGACUGCAGCCAGCUUUGCAAGAGAUGCAGCAUGUUCCUCCAGCUGGGUGCCAUUCAAAUGUACAUUUCAUCCUAAAGAAGCAUGUUAACGUCUGCGAUUGCCAUUGUACUUGAGCCAUAAAAGAGAGAAGUGCAUCAGAGGCCUGUACAGGAGCUGGUCUGAAAGUUCCCAUUAUGUUUUUUAACAUGGAAGAACUAAUAAAAAAAACAGGAGAAAAUACUCUGUUUAUAAUAAUGUGGAGCUGGCUGUCAAAGAGGUGAGCUUCACGAGACUGCCGCACUCACUUAAACCUGGAGGUGUUUAUGCUGCUCCUGAAGGAAGUUACAAUCUAGCUGGUGUCUGGGUAUCUUGGAGGGGCGUGUAUUUCAGUGUAGUGGGCAAAUACCACCGAGAGCAGGAUGCUGGUGUAGGCUUUUUUUUCCCCGGUGUAGUUGGACAAGAAUUAGGGACAGAGAGUGGAGCAUCUGUGUGUAGCAGAGGCAAAAAUCUGCUUGAAGAGAGGCAGAAAAAUACAAACAGCAGGAGGAAGUAAGCAGAUCUUGCUUCUGAUGGCAGACAGAGAAGCAGAAUUUGCAGGGAAGGGUUGGCAUGUCCAAAAGAGAUGAGGUGGCCUUAGAGAAGAGUAGUAAGGGGAGACUCACCUGGCACCCAUAUGAUGGUUUUCAUUCCCCUCUCCUGCCUGUGCUCAGCCUUCCUGGAUGUCCAUCUCUCCAAAUAACCAAGCAAGAGCAUUAUUUCAGGAGAGGGGAUGUCUGUGGGUGCAUCUGCAGCAGGGGUGACCAGC